AUGCAGCCCUUCUCGUCCUCCUCCUCGAGCCAUAGCCCUGCAUCCGACCCCGCCGACCACCCCUACUUUUACCAGCUCACUGGGAUCGUCCGACAUCAAGGAAACGUGUCCUCAGGACACUACCAAGCGAUCGUGUACCAAGACGACCAAUACUUCUGCUUCAAUGACGAAAACGUGUCCGUUCUGAGGCUGGAUGAGGUGCUCAAAAUCGAGGCUUAUCUCCUGGUGUACACGUUCAUCGGCGCGGCGUAG